CAUUAACUGGUUCCCUGGACACAUGGCUGCCGCCACACGCGCCAUACGCCACCGCCUCAAACUCUCCGACCUCGUCAUCGAAGUCCGCGACGCCCGCAUCCCUCUCUCCUCCGCCAACUCCGACCUCCAGCCUCACCUCUCCGGCAAACGCCGCGUCGUCGCUCUCAACAAGAAAGACCUCGCCAACCCUAACAUCAUGCACAAAUGGGUGGAUUAUUUUGCGAGGUGCAAGCAGGAUUGUAUUCCGAUAAAUGCGCAUAGCAAGAGUUCAGUGAAGAAGCUUCUGGAGCUUGCGGAGUUGAAGCUGAAGGAAGUGAUUUCGAGGGAACCUACUCUGCUGGUUAUGGUGGUUGGUGUUCCUAAUGUUGGAAAAUCUGCGUUGAUUAACUCCAUUCAUCAAAUUGCGCAGUCUCGCUUUCCUGUGCAGGAGAAGAUGAAGCGAGCUGCUGUAGGUCCACUACCUGGUGUUACCCAAGAUAUUGCUGGAUUUAAGAUAGCACAAAAACCCAGCAUAUAUGUCCUAGAUACCCCAGGGGUGCUUGUUCCAAGUAUCUCAGACAUAGAGACAGGGUUAAGGCUGGCUCUUGCAGGUUCUGUGAAAGAUUCAGUGGUGGGUGAGGAGCGUAUCGCACAAUACUUACUGGCAGUUUUGGAUACCCGGGGGACUCCACUUCACUGGAAACACCUAAAUAAUAGGAGAAUAGAUGGUAUUGAAUAUGAUGCUGAAGAAAAACCUGACUAUAGUCUGAAAAAUCUAAAGCCAAAGACAAGAAAUCUACCAAAUAAAUCUCACUUGAUUUAUGUUGAGGACCUUGUAAUGGAAGUUCAGCGUGCACUGUAUUCAACGCUAACAGAAUUCGACGGCAAUGUAGAAGAUGAAAAUGACUUAGAGGGCCUCAUUGACCUGCAGUUUGGUGCACUGCAGAAAGCAAUGAAAAUUCCUCACAAGGCAUCAGAAGCAAGGUUGAUGGUAUCCAAGAAGUUUCUCACUUUAUUUAGAGCUGGUAAACUUGGACCUUUCAUUCUUGAUGAUGUUCCUGUAUCAUGAAAGAUCCACCACCUUCCCUUUCUCCCCAUUUGUACCAUAUGUUUUGAUAAUCUAUAAUUCUAAGAUUUUCUGCAAUAUAUAGUUGGAGGUUGAAUUUCCUUUCAGUUUGAUUAA